AUGGGAAACGCAUUUUCGAGAUCUUCCAACGAUCAAAGUAAGGGCAACAAGAGAGCUUUAGAUCCUGAGGAGACUCAAGGUCGACAAAAGAAGGCACGUUUUGAUAAUGAACCUGCCGUCAUCAUCAAGGAAAGUGAGGUCGGUAUUGGUGCUUUUGUCAAUCCUGCUCUUAAGGGUUUCCAUAGCAUCCUGAAGUACAGAGCUGAAGAUUUCCUUGUGAAUGAAGUGGAUAUGGAGGGCAAUAUCGUCCACCUUACAUCAUUAGAAGCACCCAACACACAAACCAAGGAGGUCAAAUUGGAUUACUAUAAACCUGCAGUCUUUGAUAAAGAGGUUGCCAAAAUUCUCACCAAGGAAUUCGCUAAAGAGUUACGUUCUUUCCUCAAUAACCCUCAAAACGCCGAUGCUGUCAUCAAGACUCCCACCGACAAGGAUCAACGUAUGCUUUUUUAUCAACUCGUUGAACAACAUUUGGAAACAAAAAUCAAUUGUCGUGGUAAAGAAGGUCAACUUGUCGUCAGAUGGCCUUCUUCUGUCUACAACGAUGAAUUUAUUGAUUGGAAGGCAUUGGGUGGUGAAUAUUUACAAGCCAACAUGUGCAAGAUUGGUGUCGAUACCAUGAACGCCAUCAAUAUUAUCUCUAGCAAAGCUGCUGUGCACACCAAACAUUUCGGUUAUGCAGGUACCAAGGAUUCCCGUGCCAUCACUACCCAAACACUUACCAUGAAGAGUGUCAAGCCUGGACGUAUUGUCAUGGCCCAAGAAGAGUUAAAGAAGGCUGGUAUCUAUGUCGGUGAUUUCAAGUUCGUACCUAAUGGUUUGACCUUGGGCGACCUUGGUGGAAACCAUUUCACCAUUGUGCUUCGUAACGUCAAGGAUGCUACUGAAGAGGAUUUACAAGCGUCUUUAGUUUCUUUAAAGAACAAUGGAUUCUUGAAUUACUUUGGUAUGCAACGAUUUGGUACAAGCAGUGUCUUGACACAUACGGUUGGUUGUGCCAUCAUGAAGAAGGAUUUCGAGCGCGCUUCUGAUUUAAUUCUUGAUCCCCGUGAAGGAGAUCGUGAGGACUUUGAUACAGCUAGAAAACUUUGGAAAGAUACCCAUGACCCUGAAGCAGCACUUGAAAUAUUCCCCAAGAGAGCCUACUCUGAACGUAAACUUCUUAACUUUUAUGUCAGAAACCCCGAAUCUCAUGCCAAAGCCAUUAAGAGUUUGCCCAAGAACAUGUUGUCCUUGUAUUCUCAUGCUUACCAAUCUUACAUUUGGAACCGCGUUGUUACGGAACGUUCUCGACUCUUUGGUAACGAUAAGCCUUUAGUGGGUGAUCUCGUUUUGGUCAGUGGUAAAAGUAAAGCAAAGACACCCGAUAACCGCAAGUUCAAUAACUCUGGUCGACGUGAUCCUCUCAACAAAAAGAUUCCCAAGGUGCUUACAGAAGAGGAUUUAGAAAACUACACUAUUGCCGAUGUCGUUUAUCCUUUACCUGGCAGACAAACUGUUUAUCCCGAGAACGAAAUCAAGGGACUCUAUGAAAAGUUUAUGGCUGAGGACGGUAUUUCCAUGGAAAAGAGAGCUGGUCAUUUCGAAGGAUUGAGCGGUGAUUACAGAACCAUGUUAUCCAAGCCUGAUCAUAUGGAUUGGUCUUUUAUCCGUUAUAACGAUCCCACUGAACAACUCUGUAACACAGACAUUGAUAGAAUUGAAGGUGUUCCCGAGCCCGUCGGCAUUGAAGAUGGUGAAUAUUUAGCCUUGAAGGUGGAAUUCACACUUGGUACCUCUCAAUACGCUACUAUGGCUUUACGAGAAAUCAUGAGAGCUGAAACUUCUGCUCAAGCUCAAUCAGGUAUCCUUCAUCAUUAA